GAGAGAGGAACUGGGGUGAGCAAGCGUUGUGGCUUUGUCUGUUUCCUGUUUCAGCAAGGCUGCUGUGCAGAAAGAAAGACAGUACGAAGAAGGAAAAUGCUAAGGGGGCCCAGGGCCAUGGACUGACAGCUUGCACUUGACCCAGCUGCUGCCUUGCCCCAUCUGAGACCACAGCCAAGAUCUGCCCAGCAGCUGGAAUGCUUUCCUGAGCUGCUUGGUUUGGAGCCUGGAACCCAAGACCCAGGCAGCUAUUCCAGGAACUGGAAGCCAAGCACAACAGGUGCUCAGGAGGUCAUCAUGAUCAGCCUGGACCCCAGGCCUUCCCCUGGCUUGGCCCGGUGGGCCGAGAGCUAUGAGGCCAAGUGUGAGCGCCGGCAAGAGACCCGUGAAAGCCGCCGUUGCCGCCCCAAUGUGACCACUUGCCGCCAGGUGGGGAAGGCGCUGAGGACCCAGCAGAGAGAGCAGCUCCAGAGAGCACGACAACAGGAGUUCUUCAGGAGGAGGAACCUGCAGGUGGAGGAGAAAGGCAAGACACAGAGCCCCAGGGCCAAGGAGCACGGUCCCUCGAGGAGGCCAGGCCAGCCAACUGACCUCAAGGAGCCCUUGUCUUGGGCCAGCAGGAUCUCCUCCUCCCCCCAGCAGCAGGUGUCAGGAACCAGCUCUGACGCCUUUCCAACCCAGCGUCACCCUUCCUCAAGCACCCAGAGGGAUCUGGCUCACCUCUCCUCCCAGGCUGGGGGCCUUUCACCACAGGACUCUCCCAUCAAGAAGCCACCCACACACCACCGUGGCACUCAGACAAAGGCAGAAGAAGCCCAGCCAACAAUUAAGAAUGAUGCCAGUCAGCAAACCAAUUAUGGAGUUGCAGUUCUAGAUAAGGAAAUCAUCCAGCUUUCUGAGUACCUCAAAGAGGCCCUCCAAAGGGAACUGGUUCUAAAACAGAAAAUGGUGAUUCUCCAAGACCUACUGUCCACGCUGAUAAGGGCCUCUGACAGCUCUUGGAAGGGCCAGCUUAAUGAAGACAAAUUGAAGUGCAAACUGAGAUCUUUAGAAAACCAGCUGUACACCUGUACCCAGAAAUACUCCCCUUGGGGAAUGAAAAAGGUGUUAUUGGAGAUGGAAGACCAGAAAAACAGCUAUGAGCAGAAAGCUAAGGAGUCGCUGCAGAAAGUGCUGGAGGAGAAAAUGAGCGCAGAGCAGCAACUGCAGAGCGCGCAGCGGUCCCUGGCUCUGGCUGAGCAGAAGUGUGAAGAGUGGAGGAGCCAGUACAAAGCUCUGAAGGAAGACUGGAAGAGCCUGGGGACCCAGCACAGAGAGCUGGAGAGCCAACUCCAUGUGCUUCAGUCCAAACUGCAGGGAGCAGACAGUAGAGACUUACAGAUGAACCAGGCUCUGAGACUUCUGGAGAAUGAGCACCAGGAACUGCAGGCCAAGAUUGAACACCUGCAGGGGGACAGAGACCUGUACAGCUCGGAUACGCAGCACCUACAAGAUCAACUGAAGAGGUCAGAGGAGGAGAAACUUGCCCUGGUGGCCAAAGUACAGCAGCUGCAGAGUCUGCUUCAGAAUCAAUCCUUACAGCUUCAAGAACAGGAGAAACUCUUAACAAAGAAAGGUCAGGCUUUGCCUGUGUGGAGUCCAAAGCCCUCCCAUAAGGAAGUGGAACCUGAGGGUACAGGGAAGGAGAAAGAACGGGAUUUCAGAGACCAGCUGCAAAAGAAGACUUUGCAGCUCCAGGCCAAGGAAAAGGAGUGCAGAGAACUGCAUCUGGAGUUAGACAACCUCAGCGACGAGUAUCUCUCCUGCCUGCGUAAGCUGCAGCACUGUCGAGAAGAGCUGAACCAGAGCCCACGGCCGCUUCCCAGAAGGCAAUGUGGCCAAUGGCUCUCGAUGCUGAUGGUAAUGAUUGCUAUAGCACUGGCAGUGUUCCUGGCCAACAAGGACAGCCUGAUGAUCUGAAUCACUUCGGACAGCUGCCUGGGUGAAAAUCUGAAGCAAGAAACUCAAAAAACUCAGAAUGUUUACAUACUUUAGAGUGUGGGUUUUCCCACAGAGAUUUCUGACUUUAUUAUUUUUUUAACCUACUGUAAAAUAAACUUCACCUAACAA